AUGAUAACGAGGCUCUACAACACCGAAGAGGAUCCCGCCUACUGCUCGUUCAUCUGGGGCUCGAAUCUCACCAGCAGCGCCGAUGUCCUGGCUGCCAAUGCCACGUCCGUCUUCAGCAGCGACCUGAGGGACGACUUCUAUCGGGAUGUGGAGGAUCCGCGGACGGAAUCGCUGAGGGAAUACUGCUAUGGCCUGGUGCUGCCCAUCAUCUGCGCCAUGGGCAUCAUAGGCAACGUGCUCAACCUGAUUGUGCUCACCAGGCGCAACAUGCGUGGCACCGCCUACAUUUACAUGAGGGCUUACUCCACCGCCGCCCUGCUGGCCAUCGUGUUCGCCAUCCCCUUCGGCAUCCGCAUGCUGGUCCACAAGGAUCGAGGCCAGUGGGAGGAGUUCGGCCCCGCCUUCUACACCGCCCACUUGGAGCUUUAUCUGGGCAACGGCUGUUUGGGUGUUGGCGUAAUGAUGUUACUAGUCCUGACCAUCGAACGCUACGUGUCCGUGUGCCAUCCGGGAUUCGCGCGCCCAGUGAUGGGACCACCUGGCGUUGUGGUAUUCCUCACCUGCUUGGCCACGGUGAUCGUCUAUCUACCGAGCAUCUUUCGCGGCGAGCUGAUCAAGUGCAUCCUGGGCACGAGUGACGUGUACGUGUACUUGCGACGCGACAACACCAUCUACCAGCAGACCAUCUUCUAUCGCGUCUACAAGAUCAUGCUGGAGGUGAUCUUCAAGCUGGUGCCCACGCUGGUCAUCGGUGGCCUCAACAUGCGCAUCAUGAUGGUCUAUCGGCGGACCUGCGAGCGCCGCCGCCAAAUGGUGCUCAGUCGUCCGCAUGUCCACGGACAUGGCCAUGGACAUGGACAUGGACACGGCUAUUUGAAGGAUGAGGAUCCGCGUAAGUUUGCGGAGGAGCGGCGCCUGUUCCUGCUGCUCGGCAGCACAUCGAUAUUGUUCCUGGUCUGCGUCUCGCCGAUGGCCAUACUCCACAUGACGAUCGCCUCGGAGGUGUAUCCGAGCUUCCCCUUCCAGGUGUUCCGCGCCAGUGCCAAUCUGCUGGAGCUGAUCAACUACUCGCUCACGUUCUACAUCUACUGCCUGUUCAGCGAGGACUUCCGCAACACACUGGUGCGGACCAUCAAGUGGCCGUGGCUGAAGGGCAAGUUCUGCCACCAGGCCGAGCACGAGGUGAGUGCCAGUCCACCGGCCACAGCCGGAACCGUAGCGAUAGCCGGAACCGGAACUGCAACCGGCACUGGCAACGUAUCUAAUUUUCAUCCGGCAAUACCGGCGCUGACUCUCACCCCCGCAGAACCAGAGGACCGGCCCCGGUGUGCCAAUGGCGUGCUUCACUAAGGUGGACGGGGGCCAUCACAAGCACCACAUAACCACCACCUCGGGCCUGGGACGAUCGAGUAGCAUUUAGCCAAUGUCCACUAUCCAACAACAACUCCACCACCUCCACCCAUCCGCUACUCGAUAUCCGAGCUCCGUUCUCCGAGUACCCAGAACUCCCAGCCCAGAGUAACCCCACCACCAUCCAAGUCCAACAACAACAACACCACCACCAUCACAACCACCUCCACUUCCCCCCAGGUCGUCGAGUUUGGAGGGCCCCUUUCUCUCGCUUGAGAUCCUGCGGCAUUCGAAAGUGUUCAAGUAUCGAUAAGCGAAAAAAACGAUAUACGAUUAACGAUUUACGAUUAACAAUUUACGAUUAACGAUUUACGAUUAACGAUUAACGAUUUACGAUUUACGAUUAACGAUAAUUGAUAUCCAGCGCCACGCAUUGCGUAUAUAAGUGUCUGUGUAUGUGUGUGUUCCUGAAUCAUAUAUAUAUUUAAAUAUAUGGAUAACAAUUUUUUUUUGUAGCACUAGGAUUAGGCAUUUAAAACCCAAACUUAAUCACAAACGCAUCGGUAAUCGUCGAAAUAAAUACUAUCGAUAGGUAAAACCAGUUCGACUUUCGAUCAACACUUGCGCGCCAAACGACUUCAUCACAUACUAGGACAGCUUGCGGAAUGUGUAUGUCGCAGGAUCGAGAUCCUUGAACCGAACGUAUAGAUGCAGAUAUGAUAGUUUCGUCAACGGAUAGAUUGCUUGCCACACUGACAACAAAAGAGCUCGUAUACUCUAGUUUAAGAUGCAUUAUGCAGACAGGAACAGGAACAGAAACAGAAACAGGAGCAGAAACAGGAACAGGAACAGGAACAGGACAACAACAGACGGACAGGUGAGACGGAACGACAGCGAGAGAGAAGGAGAGAGCUAGACGAUUAUGAUAUACAGACAUACAAUACUUAUAUACACACUUGCAUACAUCUAUAUGUGAACGAUAUUUAUGUAAACGACGUAUUUAUGUAUACACGCGCGUAACUUUAAGCGAAUAUAUUUAUAUAUGCAUAUAUGUAUCUAUUGAUUAUAGCAUUUAAGUGCUCGCAAGUGGAAUCCUGAUUCCGAUCCCGGUCACCCCAGAUAUAGAUUCAGAUCGAUGGUGUAUAUCUGAGCCCUUUCGUCUGACGAAACUGUAUUGAAUUGUUGCGCGAAUUGAGAUUGAAUUGUUAAUUUUAUAGUUCGAGGUCUAAGUUAUCUAGUUAACUAGUACAAUUCCCC